AUGGAUAGUCAGAGAUACACCAGUCCUGGCGGGUUACGUAUUAAGGAUAGUCAGAGAUACACCAGUCCUGGAGGGUUACAGAAUAUGGAUAGUCAGAGAUACACCGUCUGGAGGGUACAGUAUAUAAUGGAUACGUCAGAGAUCACCAGCUCCUGGAGGGUUACAGUAUAUAAGGAUAGUCAGAUAUACACCAGUCCGGAGGGUACAUUAAUAAUGGAUAGUCCAGAGAUACACCAGUCCUGGAGGUUACAGUAUAUAAUGGAUAGUCAGAGGUACACCGUCCGGAGGUUACAGGUAUAUAAUUUAUAGUCCGAGAUACACAGUCCUGGAGGGUUACAGUAAUAAUGGAUAGUCAGGAUACACCAGUCCUGGAGGAUUAACAGUAAUAAUGGAUAGUCAGAGAUACACCAGUCAUGGAGGUUACAGUAUAAUGGAUAGCUCAGAAGAUUACACCAGUCCUGAGGUACAGUACUAAGGGUAGUCAUAGAUACACCAGUCCUGGAGGGUUACGUUAGUAAUAAUGGGAAGUCAGAGAUACACCAGUCUGGGGGUUACAGUAUAUAAGGAUGUCAGGAAUGACACCCAGUCCAUGGAGGGUGACAGGAUUAUAAUGGAUAGUAGAGCAUUACACAGGUCCUGGAGGGUUUACAGAGUAUAUAAGGGAUAGUCAGAGAAUACACCAGUCCGGAGGGGUACAGUAUGAUAUAAUGGAUAGUCAGAGAGACAUACACCAGUCCUGCGAGGGUUACAGUAUUAAUGGAUAGUCAGAGAUACACCAGAUCCUGGAGGGGUUACAGUAUAUAAGGAUAGUCAGAGAUACACCAGUCCGUGGCGGGGUUAAAGAUAUAAUGGAUAGUCAGAGCUACACCAGUCCUGGAGGGUUUACAGUAAUAGGAUAGUCAGAGAUUACACCAGUCCUGGAGGGUAAAGUAAUAAAAUGGAUGUCAGAGAUACACCAGUCCUGGAGGGUUACGUACUAAAGGGAUAGUCAGCAGAGAGACACCAGUCCUGGAGGGUUACAGUAUAAUAAUGGAUAGUCAGAGAUACGAUUACACCAGUUCCUGGCGGGUUACAGUAAUAAUGGAUAGUCAGAAGAUACAGAUACCCCAGUCUGGAGGGUUAUAG